CAGCAGCAGCAUGCUGACUGAACGCAGCUCUGCACUUUACCUUCUUCCACUAACCCAGAGAGAGAGAGAGAGUAGACCGGCUGCGCUGUGAUAAUGGCACAGAACGGGACCCCAGAGAACGGAGUGCCCGCAGACCCCGCUGCCCUGCCUUUACCUCAGCCCUGCAGGAUCACAGACAUCAAGCACACCAAGCUUUUUAUCAACAACGAAUGGCACAGCUCAGCCAAAGGCAAGACCAUCCCCAUCUUUAACCCUGCAACAGGAGACAAAAUCUGUGAAGUGGAAGAAGCAGAUAAAGCUGAUGUGGACGUGGCGGUGGAGGCGGCGAGGGCAGCGAUGAAGAGGGGCUCUGCGUGGAGGAGGAUGGACGUGUCCGGCCGCGGGCGGCUGCUGCAUAAGCUGGCGGAGCUGCUGGAGAGGGACCGGACGCUGCUGGCUACUAUGGAGUCGAUGGACAGUGGAAAGCCCUUCCUGCAGUCCUUCUUCAUCGAUCUGGAGGGCAGUAUCAAAACGCUGAGGUACUACGCAGGCUGGGCUGACAAGAUCCACGGAAAAACCAUGCCAGUGGAUGAUAACUUCAUGUGCUUUACCAAACACGAGCCUGUCGGAGUGUGUGGAGCAAUCAUUCCUUGGAAUUUUCCCCUGCUGAUGUUUACGUGGAAGAUAGCACCAGCCCUGUGCUGUGGAAACACAGUGGUCAUCAAACCGUCUGAACUGACGCCCCUGACAGCGCUGCAUGUUGGAGCACUCAUCAAGGAGGCUGGUUUUCCUCCUGGAGUUGUGAACAUUGUGCCUGGAUUUGGACCAACCUCAGGAGCAGCCAUUGCCAGCCAUAUGGGCAUAGACAAAGUGGCCUUCACCGGCUCUGUAGAAGUGGGUCAGCUAAUCAAAGAGGCGGCGGCUAAGAGCAAUCUGAAAAGAGUGACGCUGGAGCUGGGAGGGAAGAACCCCUGCAUUGUGUUUGGUGACUCAGACUUGCAGUUAGCAGUGCAGGAGGCUCAGAAGGGAGCGUUCUACAAUCAGGGUCAGUGCUGCACGGCUGCGUCCCGUGUAUUCGUGGAGGAGCGGGUGUAUGACGAGUUUGUGAGACUCAGUGUUGAAAGUGCCAAGAAGAUUGUAGCUGGAGACCCCAUGGACCCCCGAACUUCACACGGACCUCAGAUUAACCAGCAGCAGUUUGAGAAGAUCCUGGAUCUGGUGGAGAGUGGAAAGAGAGAGGGAGCUAAGCUGGAGUGUGGGGGUCACGCUCUGCAGGAUAAAGGCUUGUUCAUUCAGCCCACCAUCUUCUCCGAUGUCAAAGACCACAUGCGGCUUGCUAAAGAGGAGAUCUUUGGGCCGGUUCAGUGCAUUAUGAAGUUUAAAAGUCAGGAGGAGGUGAUAGAGAGGGCCAACAGCACCCACUACGGCCUGGCAGCUGCUGUGUUCACCCGCAGUGUGGACCGGGCGAUGAGCGUGUCGUCGGCGCUGGAGGCCGGGACUGUGUGGGUGAACUGCUACAACGCCCUUCAUGCCCAAGCUCCUUUUGGGGGAUAUAAGAUGUCAGGAAAUGGGCGGGAACUGGGGGAGUACGCAUUGGCGGAGUACACUGAGGUCAAAGCUGUCACCAUCAAACUCAGCGAGCAGCUGACCCUGUGAGGCACAUCCCUGAUCUUAGUUCAGCCACAUCCAACAAGGUCCUCCCCACCCAAUCACCAAGUGCUUCAGAAUCACAGUGCCUUUGACUCUCAAAAACCCAUCAGAGGCCUCUCCACUGAAACGACAAUGCCUUCUAUUUCCGAGCUCUUUUUCUUAUGGUGUGUUUUUUUAUUUGAUUUAGAUUAUAUGUACAGGUAAAAACUGAUUGUAUAAUUUUUGAUUUUGUAUUUAAUAUGGAUGUCUUUAUAUGCAAAAAAGCUGGUCCAGCAUGAUAAAGUUGAUUAGUCUGGUAAAGCAGGUUACAUAAGUAAGGUCACCACAGUCAGAUUGUUCUUACCUAUAAAAGACUGUUAGGUUAUACUUAUCCUUCCUAAACAGGGGUGCGUUUCCCAAAACGU